AUGCUGAGACAAAUUAAACCCCGGACGGCGCGGUCCAAGAGAGUGCUCGAGAAGCGGGCGCCCAAGGCUGUCGAGAACCCAAAGAACGCCCUGUUUCUUCGCGGGACAACAUGCAGCCAAGUUACCCAAGAUGCCCUUGCGGACCUCUUCGCCCUGCGCCAGUUGCACGGCAAGCGCUUCCACAAGAAGAACGCAGUGCACCCCUUCGACGACGCCAGCUCGCUCUGCUUCUUCUCGGAGAAGAACGACUGCAGCCUGCUGCUGUUUGGCAGCACCAGCAAGAAGCGGCCCCACACCAUCACCUUUGCCCGCACGUUUGACUACAAGAUGCUCGACAUGCUCGAGUUCAGCCUCGACGCCUCCACCUUUCGCAGCAUCAACCAGUUCAAGACUAAGAAGGUACCCGUGGGCACGCGGCCGCUGAUUGUGUUUGCGGGGACGGCCUUCGAGAGUCCUGUGCCCAACGAGUUCACCAUGGCCAAGUCGAUGUUGCUCGACUUCUUCCGCGGGGAGACGUCUGACAAGAUCGACGUCGAGGGGCUGCAGUACUGUGUGGUGGUGACCGCGGACGAGCCGACGACGACGGCGGCCGACGACCCGGCGUCCAAGCCGGUGCUGCAUCUGCGCGUGUACCAGAUCCGCACCAAGCGGUCGGGCCAGAAGCUGCCGCGCGUCGAGGUGGAGGAGCAGGGCCCCCGCAUGGACUUCCGGCUGGGCCGCAUGCAGGCGCCCGACGAGGGCAUGCUCAAGGAGGCCAUGCGCCGCGCCAAGACCUCCGAUGAGCGCACCAAGAAGAACAUCUCGACCAACACCAUCGGCGACAAGAUCGGCCGCAUCCAUCUGGGCAAGCUCGACCUGAGCGAGCUGCAGACAAGGAAGAUGAAGGGCCUAAAGCGGGAGAGGGAUCCCCAUCUCCUCGACGAUGAUAGUGACGGUGGAGACAGCGCCGCCCACCCGGCUCCUAGUAAAAAGGUCGAGAAGACAAAGCGGAAGAAGAUUUAG